AUGAACCGUGCUGAUGCUGGGAAAUCGGCAGUUUCAGCAAAGUUUAACAAAACCCCCAGAUGUUUUUAUUGUUUGUUUCUGAAGUAUGUUUCUAUAACAACCAUUCUGCACGAGAUACUUUACUUUGUUUAUUUUUUUGUUGAAAAAUCGCUCUUAUUUCUUUGCUGCCAUUCUUGUCACUCAUUUAGCUCAACUGCUUUAGCUAACACUGAUUGGGAUUCAUGCAUUCAAUACUGUUUUUUAUCUUCAGGUUGUGUUCUAGCAUGGAAUAAUCUGACAACAUGCUACACAUUUAAUUAUACAUUCACAGGACCUGUUACACAACUUAAAAAAGGCUCGAAAGUUGCAUUUAAGGUAGAAACUGAUAAUGAUACUUGUCCAACUGGAAUUAACCCACCAACAUUUAAUAAUAACAAUGCAACGGGAUCUUUGUAUGUAACUGAUUUGGACACAAGAAAGACACCUACAUGGAUAUACUAUGACGUUUAUCUAACAGGCAAUCUCUGGUACAGUCUAGAUUCAACUGGAUACACUUUGGAAUUUUCGCGCUCACUUUGUAAAAAUGUCUCAUCUAGCCUUGCUGUUCUCAAUUAUCCAGAAGAUUUUACGUUCCUUGUCGGUAAGGAUAUUCAAUCGUUGAGAUUAAACCUAUCUGUGAUUUCAGAACGCAGUCAAUCACUUCGAAGUAUGAUGCAACUGCCUAACACUUAUAUGAGAUUGGAUGGAGUGCGGUCGAGUGCAUGCCAAUCAACUCCAUCAAGUAAUACAUGCGUGACUGUAAAGGGGUUUAUUUUUGCUACAACUCUGAACAGCUUCGCAAACUACAAAUGGGCAACCAAUUCAUCAGCAAUGGAAUUAUCUGAUGACAAUUGUAUUGUUCUUGUAUCAGGUUCUGUGGAGAAAGUUCUCCGUUUCAAUCGGGCAUCACAGCAUGCACCAAGCCGGCCUGGACAUAA